AUGAUACAUUUUGAAGUCAAGGCUUCACAGCAGUUGACACAUGCUCACUCAAAUGGCCUGAGGACGCAGCGGCUGCGAUCGUUUGGCAGCACCUGUUGUAAAGGCCCUUUCGCGCAGCAACAGUCCUUCCUAACAGCUCUGUCUUACUUGGCUUUUGAUCUGGGGAACCUUCUGUUGUCGACACCACCAUCUUCGACAAUUGCGGAGUCCACCGAGUUCAUCUGUUUGGCAUGUCCAGCCUCCUUCUUUAUCUCGUCUCAAUUCAACUACCACCUGCCCAGUAUCACUCCACCUUUGGUGCUAGAGCCCGUCGUCGCAUCUCUCCCUGCUCCUUCAUUUCCCAGCAGAGCAAAAGGGAAGAUGAAUGCUACUAGUCUUCCUGGUGUUGCCAGCUCUGGUGGUACCUUCUACGUCUGCCACACUCGGAGUGGCAGAAGUUUCCUGGUGGAUACGGGUGCUCAAAUGAGUGUCAUAAAAAGUAACAUGCAAAUGGAGAGCAGGAAAAGUGGCGACUCAGUUUCAAAUGCCCUCGUUGAGUCUGUGUCAGACAAUUAA